AUGGUCAACAUAACCGCACCUCUCCGCAUCGGCUACCUACUAUUCCCAGCCUUCACAGCCCUAGACGUCUUCGGGCCCCUCAACGUGCUCAACCUAGUCUCCAUCAAGCACACCAUGACACUCUCCCUCAUAUCUGCGGACCUCGCCCCCGUCAGCAUAGACCGCAGCAUCCUCAACGGCAUCUCAGGAGGCCCGCUCGCCUCCUCCGCAUCCCCCAACUUCACGCAAUUCGUGCUGCCCACGCAUACCUUCGGCACGGCGCCCCCGCUCGACGUCAUCAUCGUGCCGGGCGGCUCCGGCGUCCGCGACAUAAACGCCACGCAGCCGCACGUGGACUGGCUGCGGGCCCGCCUCGACGACGACGACGACGAGCCGGGGCUAAGCUACGUGAUGACGGUGUGCACGGGGGCGUCGCUGCUAGCGCGCACGGGCCGGAUCGCGGGCCGCAACGCGACGACGAAUAAGGCGGCCUUCGAAUGGGUCAAGUCUGUCGAGCACGCGGCGGACGUGAACUGGAUCGCGAAGGCGCGGUGGGUUGUUGAUGGGAGGGUGUGGACUUCGUCGGGGGUUAGUGCGGGCACGGAUAUGGCGUUGGGGUGGGUCGAGCAUUUGUUUGGGAGGAAUGAGAGUGAGGGUUUGAGGGUUGAGUUGGAGUGGAAUGGGUUGAAUCGGACGGAGGAUCCGUUUGCUGCGUAUUAUGGGUUAUCCUAG